AUGUCAGUCAAGAGCGGUACAACUGCUCGACAAUGGUCCGUCAUGGGCCAGGAUGGGAUCGAAUCCCUGAUAUAUGGCGAAGUCCCAGUACCAGCGUUACGCGAGCACGAGGUUCUUGUUCAGAUCCGCGGUGCCUCUCUCAAUCCCCGUGAUGUGAUGAUCAGUCGCGGAAACUACCCCUGGACCGUCAAGCCGGGCGUUGUGCCUGGAUCGGAUGGCGCGGGCGUUGUCAUAUCCGUCGGCAAGAACGUGACUCGGUUCCAGCCAGGAGAUCGAGUGAUUACCAUGCUCAAUCAAAAGCACAUCACCGGCUCUUUGAACGCGGAAAUCGCGCAGUAUGGCACGGGUGCCUCGGUUGACGGUGUCUUUCGUUCAGCUGGCGCCUUCGACGAGCAAGCACUGGUUGUGAUGCCGGAUGGCUUAAGCUUUGUUCAAGCUGCCACGCUGAGCUGUGCGGGGCUGACGGCUUGGAAUGCGCUGUUUGGGCUGCCUGGGAAGCAGGUUACGGCGGGACAAUGGGUUCUAGUUCAAGGCACAGGCGGCGUCAGCCUUUUUGCGCUCCAAUUUGCGAGAUCCAUUGGUGCCAGGAUCAUCGCGACCACCAGCUCUCCCGAUAAAGUCGAAUUCCUCCGCGAGCUCGGCGCCGAUCAUGUCAUCAACUACCAAACAACCCCAAAGUGGGGAGCCUUGGCUAAAGAACUGACAGGUGGUUGCGGAGUGGACCUCGUCGUUGACAUCGCCGGCCCCACCACCUUGAGGGAAAGCGCAACUUGCGUCAAGCUGGACGGGACAAUCGCGGUGGUCGGCAUCGCUGGUGGCAGGCCGGAAGGGCAAGAGAUGCCCACUUUGCUCGAGGCCUGGAUGAAUCUGUAUACUGCGCGUGGGGUUUGGGUUGGGAGUCGGGUGCAGAUGGAGGAAAUGUGCCGUUGGAUCCACGCACACCCUGACUUCCGGCCUGUUCUCGAUUCCAAGGCCUUCACGCUUAGCCAGCUAAAGGAGGCCUACGAGUAUGUGGCUUCCGGGAAGAGUCUGGGGAAAGUGUAUGUGGAGAUUGACUGA